AGUCCCGCCCACACUGUGUGCAUCAGCAUCAAGCUAAGGUCACUGUCUCACUCACUCGGGAGCUGAACCAGCACUGCACCACACCAGCUAAAGAGAGUUUUUCUGCAAAUCUACAGCCAGAAUGUCUCUGUCAAACAAACUCAAUUUGGACAAGGUGGAUGUGAAAGGAAAGCGCGUCAUCAUGAGGGUUGACUUCAACGUCCCUAUGAAAGACAAGGCAAUAACAAAUAACCAGAGAAUCAAGGCUGCAGUCCCAUCAAUUCAGCACUGUUUAGAUAAUGGGGCCAAAGCCGUAGUCCUGAUGAGCCACUUGGGCCGGCCUGAUGGAGUCCCAAUGCCAAACAAGUACUCUCUGGAGCCUGUGGCCGCAGAACUCAAGAGCCUGCUGGGAAAAGACGUUCAGUUCCUGAAGGACUGUGUGGGUCCGGAUGUGGAGAAAGCCUGUGCAGACCCACCUGCCGGUUCUGUCAUUUUGCUGGAGAACCUGCGUUUCCAUGUGGCCGAGGAAGGCAAGGGCAAAGAUGCAUCGGGGAACAAGACCAAAGCAAGUCAGGAGGAGAUCGAUUCUUUCCGAGCCUCCCUGUCCAAGCUGGGUGAUGUUUACGUCAACGAUGCCUUUGGAACUGCACACAGAGCUCAUAGCUCCAUGGUUGGAGUGAAUCUCCCUCAGAAGGCUGCUGGUUUUCUGAUGAAGAAGGAGCUGGACUACUUCGCCAUGGCCCUUGAGAAACCACAGAGGCCUUUCCUGGCCAUUCUCGGGGGGGCCAAGGUCAAAGAUAAGAUUCAGCUGAUCAACAACAUGUUGGACAAGGUGAAUGAGAUGAUCAUUGGUGGAGGAAUGGCCUUUACCUUCCUCAAGGUCCUCAAGAACAUGGAGAUCGGCACUUCCUUGUAUGAUGAAGAGGGUGCCAAAAUUGUGAAAGACCUCAUGGCUAAAGCUGAGAAGAACGGUGUGAAGAUCUCACUUCCUGUUGACUUCAUCACCGCAGACAAGUUUGACGAGAAGGCGACAACGGGGAGUGCGUCAGUAGCAGAUGGUAUUCCAGCUGGCUGGAUGGGUCUGGACUGUGGUCCUGAGAGCUCACAGCUCUAUGCGGAGGCUGUAGACAGAGCCAAGCAGAUUGUGUGGAACGGACCUGUUGGUGUGUUCGAGUGGGACAACUUCUCUAGUGGAACCAAGAACUUGAUGGACAAAGUUGUGGAAGCGACCAAAAAUGGCUGCAUCACCAUUAUUGGUGGGGGAGACACUGCAACCUGCUGUGCCAAGUGGGACACAGAAGAUAAGGUCAGUCAUGUGAGCACUGGAGGCGGAGCCAGUCUGGAGCUGCUGGAGGGUAAAGUGUUGCCUGGUGUCGAAGCCCUCAGCAACGUAUAAGCGCUCUUCAGAAGCUGUCAUCCUUAUUCACUCAGUGUUUGUUCAGCUAACCUAUCGGGGAUGCAACAGACGACUACAACACUCUCUCUAUGGACCGCUAACAGUAUGCUGUGCUAGACUCCCUGACUGCGUUUCUCAAAAGCAUUGUGAGCUAAGUUGAUCGUAGAAUCCAUUGGUUGCAAUUGAUCAAUUUAGCCUUAUAAUGCUUUUUGAAACACAGCCCUGUUCACUUGUACACAUCAAUUUGUUUUUCUUCUAUCAAAAGGUUUCUCAUUCAAGGUAUUUCCAUCGGUUGUGAGCGAAAGGUUACAUCAGUAGUAAUGACGAUUCCUGUUAUGAUUGUUAACUGCUUAAGUGUUCAUGUGUGUCCUGUUGUAGUGUUCACUGUAAAGCGUUGUGUUGUAAUUCUAGAGUUUAUAUUUGAUAUUUGUUGCCUUCCUACAGAUGUUGAGGACCUGUAAAAAUGUAGACACUUUUCUCCCCAUAUUGCACUUGUCGUAGACCUGCAGCUUAUGAGAUGCACUAGAAAUAUUAUAAUGGGCUAAUGUUAGACCCAGACAACCUGUCGUGGAAAGAAUGAUAAUAAAAAAAUAAAUAAAAAAAUAUUUAAACUUUU